UCUAUCUGAUGCAGCGAUCACACACCAGUGCCUGCCCAGAGCAACAUAGCUGGCCGGCUGAAUUUAGUGCUGUGGGAAGGAAAGCAGUAAUGGGAUUGAACCUGCACUAUCGUACUGAUGCUAGAAUGGUUUCAUGCUGCAGAUGGAUCGGCCAAAGCUUUAGCUUUGUUGACUGUAUCGGUGACGACUGGGGCAAUCAUGGAGAUAUUCUAAGUUGAUUUCUGCUGGUCCACACGUAAAAAAUAUUGAAAUUUGUGAUCGUUACCUGACUGCUCCACAAUGUCCAACGAGAUAUUUGGCAUGUCUGCGGACCACAUGGGAAAUAUGAACGGCUCUUUAUUCUGUGGAGUUCUGCCGCUGGCCAGUGGAUAUCAUAACAACUCUACAGCAUCCCCUGAAACCACCACCCCUUGUUCUUCCACGAGUCCGAGUCACCUGGGUGACCUCGAUGGCAACAGCUCCCCUGAUGACUACCUGCUCUCUUGUUGUGAACCGGACUCCCAUGUUGACUCCCCAUGUCCGAAACCAAACAGGCUUUCCGAAGUCAGAAUGAACCUGCACAAGGCAUGUUUCACCCCCCCUGUCAAUGGCCUUGUAAACGCUUCGAACCAAUCCAUAAGUCUGAUGGGCAGCACAGAGAUGUCCUUGCUAGAGGGAAACUACUUUUAUAAGAACUCUGGAGAUGGUGGCGAUGACCCGAGGGCGCUGACGUCUCCAGAGUCCACGGAGGGGCCCAGGCCAUUAGGGUCACGUCAGGCCUCCCGUAGGUGUUCUUCUGAAAACAACUGCUGUUCUCUUAGUUCUGGGGAGUUUGUGAUGAGGAGCAACAGCUUCAAUUUGGAAGAGGAGCAGCUCCCUGUGUUAACGUCCCAGGAAGAGUUGUUUAUGUCACCUUUAGCUCUACUGCAAGAUGAAUCUCCGGGGCUCCAGGAUAAGAAAUAUAUGGAGGGAUUCACAGUGGAGGAGACUAAUUCUGCAUACAGUGAUAUGAUGAAGUGGCAUCUUGCGGAGAAAGAAGAAUUUAACACUGCCAACCUACAUGUGACUCUCCCAAUUGAGAUGAAAUUGGAUUUUCUGAGUACAUUGCUGAGUGACUCUGUAAAUUCAGAGGCUGACCAAGAGGCCCCACCUUCAGCUGAAGCUAGUGCAGGGGUAGGGAAGCCCUCCAAUUUAAAUGCAACAUUUGUUGCAUCACAACAAAUGAAUUGUACUACCUUUGUGGAUCCAACAGCAGCGGGGCAUGAUUCUGCUCCCAAGGCUCAGACAUCAACCCCACUGCUGAACCUUGGAAACAGCUUAAGCCUCUUGUCCUUUUCCGGCUCUUCCUUUUCUGGGAGCACGGAUAGUCCGGCAUUAUGCCCUCCUCAAGGACUGCACAUUCCUCCAACACUUAAACCACAGCGGGUUGCUAGACUGUCAUCGAUCCCGGGCAAGGCUGUAAAAACAGACAUAAGAACUUUUCCCAAACCAGACUAUAGUGGUGUUAAAUCAAAGAUAACGACCCGAUUAUCACAUCAGCUAGCCACACCUGCAAAGGCAUUGCUGCCCAAGUCAUCAAAAAUGAAUGGAUGCGCAAAGCCAUCUCAGGUGAAUCUGAAAGCACUUAACAAAGUUGCCACUGCUAAACUGCCUCAUACCGCUGCUGGCCCGUCUCAGACAACGGCAUCUAUUGGGGUUCCAAAAGAAGAGUACGCAGUGACGGGAGAUAUGCAGAAAACGUUUAGUCAGUCCGACGGAGAAGAUGUGUCUGCUGCUAAUCCAUCUCAGCACGUUCCUCUGAGCAUUAGUGAGGAUGCAGAGGGAGUGUCUAAAGGAUCACUGCGUAACUCUCUUGGUACAGGAAAUGAGGAUGCUGCAUCAGCACUCAGUGCGGAGCUCAGCCCUUGUUCGGUGCAGGCAGCCUCGGGCCAAGAAGUAACGUGCCCUCCGAAACGGCCGUCUUUCAACGUAACCUUCUGCUCCUCGCUCCCGUUGCAAACGCCGGACAAACAUGGCGAUCCUAAACCAUCGAUUAAAGUGUCCGACAGAAACGGGGUCGGGUCAGGCUCUCCUCUAGCCAGAAGGCAGUCGGUGGAUAGUUCUACGUCCCAACACAAGGUCACCAGGGAGAAAAGAAGGACCAGUAGCGCCUCGGUUUUCAACCUAAGCAGCGCUACCCAAACUUCUGCCUCGCCCAGAUCACGGAACCUGAGCAACAAGCAGGAUGAAGAGGCUGGAGUUGAGAUGGAGACUCCUGAGGGAACCAGCAGAGAGUUUAGGAAGAUCAGCCUAGUGGCAGAGUCACCAACGUCUAAGGUGGCAGACGCAUCGGGUUCCACAUGUGACCAAAGUAAGAGCGGACCUGGAGGCCGUCCGUCACCCAGACAAUCUCGAGUGCUCUCGGCGUCUCGCGCUACCGCCCUGAGUCCUGGCUCCAGACCACUGCCCGUGUCCUGUAGACAGCGGCAGCAAGGGACAUCGGGAGCCGUCCAAAGGGCCACUGACUUGCUGCAGCUCAAGCAGAGAAACCCUACCGCUCAUCCAAAGGCACUCGCCACCGACAAGCCUACAAUGGGAGCCCCAAACACCAGAACAAAGCCUGCGACUAAUGGAGUCCGGCCGCCCCAUACCACCGGUCGUCCCCCGCCCGCCACUCCCGCCCACGCUCCGGUCUCCAAAGUGCCACCGUCGAAGACCCCCGGCAGGGGCACAGUGCUCAAAGCUGGUGAUCUGUCUGACAGGAGCAGGAGCACAACGGUCGCUCCGCUGAGAUCCAGCUCAUUCAGAACAGUUGGGCUGAAAAACAGACUGCUUGCAAAGCCACCAGGGGACCCUGAACCAACUUUGGCCCCAUCAUGCAAGAGUGCUGCCUCCAGCAAGCCUGGAUUGGCCCGCAAACUCGUCUGUCCUCCGAGACGCAGCAUCUCCUCCAGAAUUGCUCAGCUGGCCUCAAGUUUACCUGCGGAGAAGAGCAGAGCCAAGGCCAGCUCUCGACAACAGCAGCAGCCCCAGCAGAGGGUGCCCGCCAAGGCCCCGAGUGCGGGAGGCAGAGUCCCGGCGCCCGCUGAGGCCGGGGGGGACGAGCAGAGCAAGAGGAAGGACCACGUUCUCCAGAGGCUCAGGGAGCUCCUGGCCGCUGGGAACCGCAAGUUUGAGGCCAUCGCAGUCGUCCUGCAGUGGACGCUCGCUGAGAGAGAUGAGGCAGUGAGGAGGCGGCAGGAGCUGUCCCAGGAGCUGGUUAACCUGCAAGGAGAACUGGUGUGCUCGGCCACCUCAUGCGAGCGCCUGGAGAAGGAGAAGGAGGAGGUGCGGGCUUCCCUGGCGGACGCCCUGCAGCGCCUGGAGGAGCAGCACCAGGAGGAGCUGGCCCAGCUGGAGGCCCGGCUGCAGGCCUUCUACCAGGCCGAGUGGGACAAGGUCCACCGCACCUACCAGGAGGAGGCCGACAAGUGCCGGACCCUCAUGGAGCAGCAGCUUGGGGACUUGAACGCAACCAAUGAGGCGAAUAAGUUGGAGCUCAAGGCAGACCACUUUGAACACGUGCAGGACAUUAAACGACAACAUGAAGAUUCUCUAGAAGAGCUCAGGAAAAGUCAGAGUGAGCAGCAGCAGUCUCUGCAGAAGACCCUGGAAGAGGUGGAAACCACGUUAUCUGGACAGAUCCAGGAGCUGACGGAGGAGAACACCACCCUCGUAGAGAAGCUCAAAGCGGAGGAGGAGCGGAGGAAACAGCUGGCGGGGAAAAGCCAGAAGGACUCCCACACGCUGUAUCUGGAGCAGGAGCUGGAGAGCCUUAAGGUGGUCCUGGAUAUCAAGAACAAACAGCUCCACCAGCAGGAAAAGAAACUCCUGCAGAUGGACACAGUGGUGGAUAAGAGUGUGAAGCUGGACGAAAGCCUUAUUAAGGUCCAGCAGGAGAAUGAAGACCUCAAAGCCCGGAUGGACAGGCAUGCUGCUCUGUCAAGGCAGCUGUCCACAGAGCAGGCCGUGCUGCACCAGUCCCUGAAGAAGGAGUCCAAGGUGAACAAGCGUCUGUCCAUGGAGAACGAGGAGCUGCUGUGGAAGCUCCACAACGGGGAUCUGGGCAGCCCCCGCAGGCUGUCCCCCACCUCCCCCUCGCACGCCAACAGCUUCCAGUCUCCUCGAAGCUCCGCCCUCUUCUCCAGCCCGCCCCUCUCGCCCAGAUAGCCACGCUGGGUUGGUACUCCCUCCACCACCUCCAAACCCUCACCCCUCCACCUCCCCCCCACGAUCUCUCUCCCUGGGGUUCCAGGUGCCAGACGGGCUCUCCGAGCUGCCUGUAGGGUUCCACUGGAACCAUGAGCCAUACGAGUUGGCUCCUCAGCGAUGUGAUGGAGCGCUCGGACACUUCCCUGUACAGAUGGAAUUUUUGCCGUUUUUUGGAAAGGAGCAUUGUACAGAAAUGAACGCUAUUGCACAGGAGCACUUGACUGAGCAGGGCCCACGUCGUUCUGUGCCUUUCUUGACCCCUCGUUGUUAUGAGUCAGUAAGAGGAAAUCUCAGGACUUAAAUGUCACGCUACACUAUUUUUGUUACUGUUUGUUUUGUGGCAGUCGCUUCGUCUUCUCGGUAACAUGUUCACACAAAUAUGCAGACACAGACAGAUGGCCGGUGAAAAAAGUUUUCACUUUCGCUCUCUCUGUAAACCAAAGGCAGGGAAAUCUGCAUGGCUGUGAAUCCAAAUAUUAGUGUUGCUUAUCAGGACCUGGACAUAUUGGUAAAAAUCCAUACAUCUGUGUAGUCUAUAUAUGUCAUUCAAAUUGUUUGAUUCCCUUCAUGAUAAUAACCACGUCCACUGCCAGAGAGCCCACAGAAUACUGUGCAGGUCUCCUCCUGAACUGUCACCCCAUUCAGCUGAACGGUUCACUUGGUCUCAUCAGGAGGGUCUCGAGUUCAGAGGUGUGUGAACGGAAACAAGUGGCCUAAUUCAUCUUGAUGGUUAUUUUAUUAGUUGUUGGGUAAAGGGACCAAUCCAAGUUUGUGUUUGUGCAUGUGUUUGUCACAGAUCGCCCUGCUGUACCCUUUCUGCUGCAGCUUUUGAAAAGUGUCUUCACAAAGAGUUUACAAGGAGAAAUUGUGUUUAAAGUGUGGAGUUAAAAGUGUGUUGACACCAAAAUAUGCAAAUAAAGUCAUGUACCUUACAUUUGG